AUGGAGCGAUCGGGAAAUGAUUCUACUUAUCAAGUACCAGACGUGGCAAUGAUCGACGAUAUAUUAAUGGAUAUGGAUGGCCCAAACCUGGAUUUCUUCGAUCCUUUCAUGGGCAAUACCUAUGAUCACUUCGCGCUCCCGACCUUGCCUGACGGUAAUGAAUUUCAGUUCUCACCAGAUCGAGCUUCUGAAGCCGGAUCCGAGAACGUUUCACGCACAAGUCUCUUGAACACUACCCUUCUGCAUCACGAGGCUCGCGAGAAUAGUCAAAGAGCUAGCGUUCCUGCAGUAUCCAAUGUUCGUGCUGGUGAGCUGAUGCCGAGAUCCCACGACAAAAGUGCUACUCCUUCAACUUCCAAAAGCGCAACACCCUAUUUUGGAGAAGAAGCGCAUACUCAUACCUGGAACGAUCUAUGUUCGCGACUCAAUAUGACUACGCUGGGCACGUUUAAGUUGCCAACGCCAGCCCUAAUCCGAAAGUGGCUUCGUCUCUAUGUCGAUGCCUUUCAUGUACAUUUCCCGUUUCUCCACCUGCCAACACUCGAUCUGACCAAGAUACCAAGUCCUCUCACGUUAGCAGUUUGUGCUAUUGGAGCUUUGUAUCGCCUGAACAGACCAGCUGCAGUGGCUUUACACGUCAAGGCAGUGCAGUGUCUCGAUGCCCUGGAAGUGAACAUCCCAAGUCUCAUUCUCGAACGGAAAUUGUUGUAUGGCUGGACUAAGCCAACAUGUACACCCGGAAGGCAAACAAAACGUCCAUUAUGGUACAGUCAAGCACGUAUCCUGUCCCUGGUCUUCACGAUCUUCAGUGGCGACCCAAUGAUAGUCAGAAAGUCGUUCGAAGAUUUCGGAAUUCUGUCGAGUGACUACCGAGUGCGAUUAUGGGAUGUGAAGGCUGGGUCGAGUGAUCGUAUCAUCUCAUCUUGGACAGCGUGGGUUGAAAGGGAGUCUUCUAAAAGAUUUCUACAUAUGUGUUUUAUUCUCAGCAAUCUAUCGAACAUCACCUACGGUGUUCCACCAGCUUUCUGUCUCAGCCAAGACGGCACUGUGGAGAUGCCAGACAAUGAUGUUUUCUGGCAAGCACAAACUGAAGAUCAGUGGUCUCAGCUCAUUAGUACACAACCGACAGUAUCUCUGAUCAGUGUCCGCGACGCUGCUGGUCUGAUAACAGGAGGAGCUCCUAUGGAUGAGCUUUGCGGAAUUUUGGGAGCAUGGUCGGUUUUUGGCACAUCUGUUGUCAUGCAUGCUAUCAGCACUCAGAUAUGGCAGAUUACUCAGGGAGCCAUGUUUGGCGACUUGUCCAACAGCCAAGGGAUGUUUCAGGAAAACGGUCAAAGUGUCAGCAUUGCCAAAAGGACACAAACGGUGUUAAAUCGAUGCCGCGAUCUUCUGCUCGAGGCCCACAGUAAAUCCAGCGAUGCCGACCACGAUACCGAAAGCCCUAUGCUAUUCAAUUCUUUUGCUAUUCUGCGGGUAUCCUUCAGUCGAGCCUUCACAAGUGUCGGCCUGUCGAAUCGCGAACUGUUAUUGUAUGAGAGCAAAGAUGCCAUGAUCUCGGCAAUCCACGAUUACAUCUCUCUGAGACAGGAAAGAGGUGAAUCAACAACAAAAUCCGUUGAGCGGAGCUUCGAGGGCCUCAUUAUCCCGUUCCAAUCAAGUCCGCUGUUCGUUCGGAAGACUGCAGCUCUUACAUGGAGCAUCGAACACGCAUUAGCAGGCUGGGACUCAGAAAGGUUGGACAAGAAAGGAGCACCAAUCACCGAUCAUGAGCGGGAAGUGCUUGACAAGGUAAGGUCACUGGUCGAAGAAGAAGAUUACGACGGGUCAGAUAUCUUGCUUGCAUCGAAUCUAGCUCGUUUAUGGGCUUGUUUCUACGAUGAUACUUGGGUUUGGGGUGUGACGCCUCGAAUCGGCUGGGUACUUAGGGAAUUGGGCAAUGCAUAUGAGACGUUAGUUGAGACAUGA